AUGCACAUCAGGGAGGUGGUUAUCGAUGGGUUCAAGUCCUACGCCACGCGCACCGUGCUGCAGGGUUUCGACCAGCAGUUCAAUGCCAUCACGGGCCUCAACGGCAGCGGCAAGUCCAACAUCCUCGACGCCAUCUGCUUCGUGCUGGGCAUCUCGAACCUCUCGCAGGUUAGGGUGUCGAACCUACAGGAGCUCGUGUACAAGCAGGGUCAGGCCGGCGUCACCAAGGCCAGCGUCACGCUCGUGUUCAGCAAUGUGGACAAGAAGGGCAGCCCCAUGGGGUACGAGGAGUUCGACGAGGUGACCAUCACGAGGCAAGUUGUCAUCGGCGGCAAGAACAAGUACCUCAUCAACGGCAGGACCGUUCAGCAGAGCCAGGUCACCAACCUCUUCCACUCCGUGCAGCUCAACGUCAACAACCCGCACUUCCUCAUCAUGCAGGGCCGCAUCACGAAGGUGCUCAACAUGAAGCCGCCUGAGAUCUUGGGGAUGAUCGAGGAGGCCGCGGGUACCCGCAUGUUCGAGCAGAAGAAGCAGAGCGCCCAGAAGACCAUCGAGAAGAAGCAACAAAAGGUGGAUGAGAUCAACGCCAUCCUUCAGGACGAGAUCACUCCAAGGCUAGACACGCUCAGGGGGCAGAAGACCCACUGGCUGAAAUGGAAGGCUAAUGAGGGUGAGGAGAGCCGGUUGCAGAGGUUCUGCGUUGCCUACAGCUUCAGCAUGGCGGAGUCGACGCUCAGCAGCUCGGAGGGGGAGAAGCAGGCGCUGGAGGAGGAACAGGGGGCCCUGCAGGCUGCGCAGAAGGAGGCACAGGAAGAGGUGGCGCAAACGGAGGCUAAGGCGAGGGAGGUGCAGGCCCUCAAGGAAGGGAAGCUAGAGAAGGACCUGAAGGAAGCUUCCGCCGCCCGCGAGAAGCUGUCCAAGGACCUGGUUCAGGCCACGAGCGAGAUGACCAACAAGAAGAGCGCUCUUGAGGCCGAAGUCAAGGCCCUGGAGGUCGUCAAGAAGAACGAAGAGGAAUCCGGAGUCGCGGUCGUCGCCAAGGAGACGGCCAUCAAAGAGCAAGCCAAGGCGGUGGAGGCCGCCGAAGCCGCGGUCGAAGAAGCCGAGGGGGAGCACGGCUCGCUUCAGAAGGAGUACCAGGACAUGUGCGCCGGCGUCGCCACGGAGAAGGAGGACUCCAGGACCCUCACCGACCAGAUUGCCGAGCUCACCGCAGAGGCUAGCGCGGCGGACGCGAGGGCGAAGCAGGGCACGGCUCGCAUCAAGCACCUCAAGACCACAGCCAAGACCACGGAAAAGGAAAUGAAGGCGGCCGAGAAGCAGGUGUCCUCGCUGAGGAGAGAGCGCGACGCGGCGCAAUCACGGGUGGGGAAGGCGGAGCAAGGGCUGGAGGCCCUGGGAUACGACAAGGGCCAGGAGGACGGCCUGGACGGGGAGAGGGAGAAGGAGGAGAAGGCCGUGGACCGCCUGAAGGAGGUGGUGGACAGGCUUUCCGCCCAGGUAGCGGGGAGACUCAGCUUCGAGUACAGGGACCCUGAGCGAAACUUCGACCGGUCGAGGGUCAAGGGCCUCGUCGCCAAGCUCGUGCAGGUUAAGGACCCCGCUCACAGCACCGCCCUGGAGGUGGCCGCCGGGGGCAGGCUUUACCAGGUGGUGGUCGACAACCAGGACACAGGCAAGCUUCUUCUGGAGCAGGGCAACCUCAAGAGGAGGGUGACAAUCAUCCCCCUGAACAAGAUCACCCCCAACUCCCUCCGGCCAAACCAGCUCAACCGCGCCGCGUCCAUCGCUCAGAGGAUGAACGGCACUGCCUCGUGCGCCAUUGAGCUGGUGGGAUACGAUGACGAGCUCCGCGGCGCUAUGUCCUACGUGUUCGGGUCCAGCAUCGUGUGCGACUCUCUUCAGAUUGCCAAGGAGGUGGCGUUCGACAGGGGGGUCCGCGCGAAGACCGUUACCCUGGAGGGAGACUCCUUCGAGCCACAGGGGACCCUGACGGGAGGUUCCAAGUCCCAGCUCGGCGUUAUCCUCGGGCGGCUGGCGGAGCUGCAGUCGGCGUCCCGCGAGCUGGGUGUUCACCAGGAAAGGCUGCGCGUCGUGUCGGAUAAGAUCGGAAGGCUCUCGGCCGCCUCUAAGAAGUUCGCCGAGCUGAGCAACGAGGUCGAGAUCCGCAAGCAGGAGCUGAGUCUCCUCGCCGACCGCCUGGGCCAGUCCUCCCACAGCCAGCUCGAGACGCAGCUGGAGGAGACUCGCAAAGCUCUGGACGAAGAGACCAAGGCGGUGGAGGACGCCAAGACUGCCGGGGCCGCGGCUGUCCAGAGGCAAGUCUGGUCGACUUCCGUCUUCUUCCGCGGAAACGCCGAGCUGAAGGCGGAGGAGGCAUCCUUCCGACAGGCCAGGGAGAAGCUUCUCGAGAACCUAGAGCGUCGCGUGAAGGAGGCCAAGGCAGCCCUCGCGUCCGCUACAACGGCUCUCAAGAAGGAGGAGCGACUAUCUCAGACCCUCGCGAUGGAGCUGGAGCAGCUUCACGAGGCGGGCUUGUCGCAGGAGGAGCAGAGAAAGGCCGCCGAGAAGGCUGUGACGGACGCUACCGCUAAGGUGCACAGACUGGAGGAUACCGUGAGGGACAAGAAGGCUCUGUUCGAGGAGGCUGAUGGCACCCUUGAGGCGUUGAAGGAAAAAGCGGAGGAGCACGAUACCGCGCUAAAGGAGCUCAAGAAGGCGAAGGACCGAGCAACCAAGGCCCUCCGCGGCGCCGAGCUCGACCUCAAGAAGCUCACGAACCGGCUGAAGCAGUUCUCCGAAGAACGCAGCCACGCCGAGCGUGCCGUGGCCAGCAUGCUCGCCAAGCACCCCUGGAUUGCCGAGGAGAAGGCGUUUUUCGGGCGGGCGCAGACGGACUACGACUUUGAGGGUCGCGACGUGUCGGCGGCGCAGGGUCGGCUCAAGAGCUUGCAGGAGGAGCAGGCUUCGUUGUCGAAGAAGAUCAACAAGAAGGUGAUGGGCAUGAUCGAGAAGGCCGAGGGCGAGUACAAGGAGCUCAUCCACAAGAAGACGGUCAUCGAGAAUGACAAGAAGAAGAUUCAGGACGUCAUCGGCGAGCUGGACCAGAAAAAGAACCAGACCCUGCAGACGACCUGGCUUAAGGUGAACCGAGACUUCGGCAGCAUCUUCUCGACGCUUCUGCCCGGCACGUCUGCCAAGCUACAGCCCCCGGAGGGAGAGACGGUCAUGGCCGGCCUGGAGCGCAAGGCAAUGCCCUUCGGGGACCACUGCGAGCCCGAUGUCGAUUGGAGCCCAUGCGCGGACAGCACCGGGUACCCCGCCGUCCUUACUGUGUACUACCCAUGCUACGCGAGCUUGUACGGCGCCACGGGGCUACUAUACGCGACUUCGAUGGGGAGGACAAUGCAAAAUCAGCUGAGGGAAAAGAAGAAGCUGAGCUUCAACUCCGCAAUGCAGAUGCAUGUGGGGAUCAUCACUUUCUCCCUCGCAGGAUUUAUUCGUGGAGUGGACAUGAAGCUUGUAGCUCGCAGUCGCCCGGUGCUCGACUACCUGCGCCGUGUCAAGUACGUGGUCAUCGGGAGCUCCGUGCUGUGGUGCCUGCGCACGGUGCUUUUCGUCAUAAGCGCCUGUAUGGACAAGCCCUUGCCGGUGCUUGUGUGGGUGGUCCUGCGGGGAGGUACCGCGGUGACGGGCAUAGCGACGGCCUUGCUCUAUUACGUGGUUAUCGGGUCGAACGUUGCGGCCAGAGCGGCUAAGGCUGCCGCCAGCGAGGGCUCCCGCCGGCCCGACGGCGUUGGCCAGGUCCAAAAGAAAUUCCAAGCGCUGGCAAAGAUUGUGUCCAACGGCGCCAAUCAGCUCAUCGAAACCACCAUCGCCUCGAUCGGCGAGACGAGCGCCCGCGUGUACGUGGAUGGCGACAGCGAGGAGCCUAAACUGUUUCAACGGAUAGCAAGUGGUACGAGGUGGUCCACCCGGGGGCGAGUAGACUCCGGCGCGUCGAGCCGGGGCAGUGUCUCGAGAAAGGUGACCGAGGGCGGCGGGGCUACAGCGCAGCUACGGUCGGGGACCGGGGACAGUUUGAAGGUGCCGGACGAGUUAUCGUCGGAGACCAAGCAACCGAUGGCGGAUACGCGGGGCGCGCAGGUUGGAAUGCGAGAGGGGUUUACGUUCGACUUGCGCAGUGCUGACAACAGCGAUGGAGGAGGCGACGGAAAGUCGAGGCACCCAAGUGUGAGGAAUCUAGGGGGGCGCGGCGGAAAAGAACGAGGGGGAGGAGGGAUGUGGCACACGCCGGUCUCGCCGGUGACGACGCCAACACCGUCUCCUCCCGGGGGUUUCAAUGACGGAGGCGAGGUCCCCGAGGAGAGGAAGAAUGAGCUCACCGAGUGCGAGGACACCGACGCAAACAGCGGCGACGAAGGCUCGGGAGAAGACCAGCAACGACGCAAACCAGGGCUACAGAAAAGGUCAUCGUGGUGCCGGGCUCACCUCCCUUCAAGCGAAGAUACUGCCGGAUCAAGCGACGAGAGCAGAAAGAAGACCGAACAAGUCUGGGAACUUGAAGAGCUGGAGGCAGGCUCGUUCUCCCACAGCAGCUACCGUGAAGUGUCCGACCGGAGCAGCAGAUAA